AUGGAAGGAGAAAACCAGACCAGAAUCUCUGAAUUUGUUCUCCUGGGACUAUUGGGCUCUCCAGAGCAGCAGCAGCAGCAGCAGCAGCGGUUGAUCUUCUGGCUGUUCCUGUGGAUGUACCUGCUCGGCGGUGCAGGGAACCUGCUCAUGAUCCUGGCCGUUAGCUCCGACCCGCUCCUCCACACCCCCAUGUAUUUCUUCCUCAGCAACCUGUCUUUCGUCGAUCUCUGCCUCAUCACCACCACGGUCCCCAAGAUGCUGCUCAACAUCCAGACCCAGAAGAAAACCAUCUCCUACGCCGGCUGCCUGACGCAGAUGUACUUUUUCAGUCUUCUUUUAGGUAUGGACAACAUGAUUCUGGCUGUCAUGGCAUUUGACCGGAACGUGGCCAUCUGCCACCCGCUCCACUAUACCUCUGUCAUGCUCCCCUCUCUGUGUGGCCUGUUGGUGGCUGUGCCCUGGGUUCUCACUAACCUCAUUUCUCUCUCACUCACCCUCCUGACUGCUCGGUUAUCUUUCUGUGGCAACAACGAGAUACCUCACUUCUUCUGCGAUAUCAACGGGUUACUCAAACUCUCCUGCUCUGAUACCCGCAGUGCUGAAAACUUGCUGUUAAUUUUGACCUCGGUGCUUGGUAUGCCUCCACUGGUGGGUAUCCUUGCCUCUUACUCCCGCAUUGUUGCGACUGUGCUGAGAAUUCCAUCCGCCAAAGGGAAGUGGAAAGUCUUCUCCACCUGUGGCUCUCACCUGACUGUGGUGGCCUUAUUCUACGGCUCUGGCCUUGCGGUGUUUUUCACCCCUCCAUCCUCCCACUCCAAGAGGAAGGACACUGCCGCCUCCAUGAUGUACACGGUAGUCACCCCCAUGUUCAACCCUUUCAUCUACAGCCUGAGGAACAAAGACAUGAAAGGGGUGGUGAAGAAAUGGGUCUGUUGA